AUGAAAAUUCCAGCUAAAAAAAUUAGAAUUAGAUUGGCUCAUGAUUUUGAGAGUUUACCUAGAACUGAUGAUGUUAAAUUAGAAUUAAAUGAACAUUAUUCAAAUUUCGAGAAACUACAUUUAUCUCCGGAGACAAUCACAGGCCUCUUCAAGUGUGGAUUUCAUUUUCUUACUCCAAUACAGCAAAAGGCUAUUCCACUUGGUCGAAUGGGAGUAGAUUUGAUUCUUCAGUCGAAAGCGGGAACUGGUAAAACUUGUGUAUUUACUGUAAUUGCACUCGAAACUAUAAAUUUUGAUAUCUUAUCUCCUCAGGUAAUUAUAUUGGUGCCAUCAAGAGAAAUAGCCUUUCAAAUAAAAAUUGCCAUACUGAAUAUAGGUCAAGGUUAUUCCAAUCUUAAAGUUGCAUGUUUUGUGGGAGGAUAUAAGAUUAAAGAUAAAGAGAACUCAGAUGAUAAACUAUUAGAAUUAUAUUCGAGUCAUAUUAUUAUCGGAACCCCAUCCCGUAUAAAACACUUUAUGUAUUUAAAAUUGAUUAAUUUGCAAAUGGUCAAGUUAUUUAUAAUUGAUGAAGUUGAUCAAAUAUUCCGAGUUAAAGAACAUGAAGAAAUGAUCAAUUGGAUAUAUUCUAGUCUUGCCAAAACGAAACAAAUAAUUAUCACAUCCGCCACUUAUUCUAAUCACUUAAUUAAAAUAUUUUAUGAGAAAUAUAUGAAUAUGCCCCUCAUUAUUCGUAUAGAUGAUGAUGAUGUUCAAUUAAAAGGUUAG